AUCACAUCACAGGAUGGUGUGUUGCAUAGUCUGUUGACAAAAUGUCUCAAGAAACAAAGAAAGGGUUCAGGAGGAGAAAGAGCAUCACAAAGAAAAUGAAGUGCCUUUUUCAUAAAGAUGAUGAUUUUGUUGGACUCUGACUAAAAAUGUUGGUUAAAAGGUCUGAUCUGUGCCGUUUGUUUUUAACUUAAGUAGACUACAGCGUUGAGCCCACUGUCAAAUUUAUCGUUUGAAAUYGUUACAAAUCAAGAGCUGAUCUGCUGUAGUUGAACAUCCCCUCCUCAUCUUGAAACCAGUGUGAUUUAUACUCUCCACCAUGUCCAGGUUCUACAUGACUGAUCACCUGUCCUGUCCCCAGGUCCAGUUCCAGUUUGUCUUGCUGACAGACACGCUGUACUCUCCGCUGCCCCCUGAGCUUCUGCCCCCAGAGCCAGAGAAAGAGCGCGACCCCAGGCCUUUCCCUCGCACUGUGGUGGCCGUCGAGGUUCAAGACCUGAAGAAUGGAGCCACGCACUACUGGUCCCUGGAAAAACUCAAGCAGAGGCUGGACCAGAUGAGAGAGAUGUACGACCGGGCUGGAGAAAUGGCCUCCACUCACCAGGAUGAUGGAGAGGGUACGCUGACAGGAAAUGAUCCCUUCUAUGACCGUUUCCACUGGUUUAAGCUCGUUGGGAGCUCCCCCAUCUUCCAAGGCUGCGUUAAUGAGCACAUGGUCGACCGCACACCCUCUCCCACUUUUUCCACCACCGACUCCGAGAUCACAGAGCUUGCAGACGAGCGCCAGAGCGAGAUGUCCGACUUCAUCGACGACGAGGCGUUUGUGGACGACACCAGCUCGGACGCAGGCACCGAGGAGGGUUCGGACAUCUUCAGCGAUGGCCAGGACCCGUUCUACGACCGCUCCCCCUGGUUCAUCCUGGUGGGAAGAGCCUUUGUGUACCUGAGCAACCUGCUGUACCCUGUGCCACUCGUUCACCGGGUUGCUGUAGUAACGGAGAAGGGAGAGGUGCGAGGCUUCCUGCGCGUGGGGGUCCAGGCUAUAGCUGCUGACGAGGAGGCUCCAGACUACGGGUCAGGAGUAAGACAGUCGGGAACCGCCAAGAUUUCUUUUGAUYAUGAGUACUUCAAAAAGAAUGAUUUCCCCUCUAAUGUCAUGACCCGCUCCGGCUUGUCCCUGGAAGAGCUGCGCAUUGUGGAGGGUCAGGGUCAAAGUUCAGAGGUCAUCACACCCUCAGAGGAGCUCAACAGACUCAACGACAUGGACCUUAAACUGGGUAACAUCAAAGACACGAAGCUGAGCCACGGAGAGGGGCUGGCAGGCCAGCUGGAGGUGGGCAGCAUCUUUACCUUCCGGGUUACCGUUCUCCAGGCCAGCGGCAUCCCACCGGAGUACGCUGACAUCUUCUGUCAGUUCAAUUUCCUUCAUCGUCACGAUGAGGCUUUUUCCACAGAGCCUCUGAAAAACACAGGCAAAGGAGCUCCUCUGGGCUUUUACCACGUUCAGAAUGUUUCAGUGGAAGUCACKGAGUCUUUUAUUGAGUACAUCAAGACCAAGCCCAUUGUGUUUGAGGUGUUUGGUCACUACCAGCAGCACCCGCUGCARAUUCAUGGUCAGGACCUGAUCAGUCCUCCAACUCCUUCAAGAAAAUACUAUCCCAUUCCCAUGCCUCUGUCUAAACCAGUUCCAGCCACCAAGCUGAACACGAUCACCAAAUCAAACUUGGGCCAUUGUGUCAGCAAGUAUGACCUUCUCGUCUGGUUUGAGAUCAGCGAGCUGGAGCCAACUGGAGAGUACAUCCCAGCUAUAGUGGAUCACAGUGCAGGACUGCCCUGUCACGGCACCUACCUUCUGCAUCAGGGGAUCCAGCGCAGGAUCACAGUGACCCUCAUACACGAGAAGGGCAGCGAGCUCCACUGGAAGGAUGUUCGAGAGCUGGUUGUGGGUCGCAUCAGGAACAAGCCUGAGGUGGACGACAGUGCAGCCGACGCCGUCCUGUCCCUGAACAUUAUUUCCGCCAAGAACAUCAAGUCAUCCCACAACACUAACAGGCUUUCUAUUGAUAAGGAUAUUGAUAGAACUUUUUAUCGCUUUGAAGCCGUGUGGGACAGCUCCCUGCACAACUCACUCCUGCUAAACCGAGUCACUCCUUAUGGAGAGAAGAUCUUCAUGACCCUGUCUGCAUAUCUGGAGCUGGACCAUUGCAUCCAGCCUGCCAUUAUCACCAAAGACAUCUGUAUGGUCUUCUACUCACGAGAUGCUAAGAUCUCCCCUCCCCGUUCUCUCAGGAACCUCUUUGGAAGCGGGUACUCCAAAACUCCUGAUUGCAACCGAGUGACCGGCAUCUACGAGCUGAGCUUGUGUAAGAUGUCUGACAGUGGAAGCCCAGGGAUGCAGAGGAGGAGGAGGAAGGUUCUGGAUACAUCAGUGGCUUAUGUGCGCGGAGAGGAGAACCUGGCAGGGUGGAGGCCCAGAGGAGACAGCCUGAUCUCGGAGCACCAAUGGGAGCUGGAGAAGAUGGAGCAGCUGCAGGAGGUGGAGAAAACCCGUCACCUCCUCCUGUUGAGGGAGAAGCUGGGGGAGACGGCUCCAGUGGAAACGACCACCAAGUCCCUGAGCGAGUCUCUGUCUCCCAGCCUGAGCUCGGGGACUCUGUCCACCUCCACCUCCAUCUCCUCCCAGAUCUCCAGCACCACCUGCGAAAGCGCCAUCACGCCCAGCGAGAGCAGCGGCUACGACUCGGCAGACAURGAGAGCCUGGUGGAUCGCGAGAAGGAGCUGGCCACGAAGUGCCUGCGCCUCCUGACACACACCUUCAACAACGAAUACAACCAGGUGGUGAACAGCAUCAGUGACUGCAAGCUGUCAGACAUCUCACCUAUGGGACGGGACCCAUCAGUGACCAGCUUCAGCAGCYCCACCCUCACCCCCUCGUCCACCUGCCCCUCUCUGUCUGACUCCCGCUGUGGCUCCUUAGACCAGAAGACCCCAGAGAACAGCUCUCGUGCCUCCAGCCCCUCCGGCUCAGAUUAUGAGAACUUCCCCCUGGUUCCWACUCUGGAGACGUCCUACCUUGCACGAGCUGGAAAGAACGAGUUCUUAAAUUUGGUACCUGAUAUAGAAGAGAUGAGGCCGGGGUCUGUUGUCUCCAAGAAAGGUUUCCUGAGCUUCAUGGAGCCGCGCUCCAACUCGUGGGUGAAGCACUUUGUGGUUGUUCGCCGGCCAUAUGUAUUCAUCUACAACAGUGACAAGGACCCGGUGGAGCGAGGCGUCCUCAACCUGUCCACAGCUCAGGUGGAAUACAGUGAAGACCAGCAGGCCAUGCUCAAGACUCCCAACACAUUUGCUGUGUGCACAAAACAUCGAGGGAUCCUCCUGCAGGCCAACAAUGAGAAGGAUCUGAACGACUGGCUUUACGCUUUUAAUCCUCUGCUCGCAGGAACGAUAAGAUCGAAGCUGGCGAGGAGGCGCAGCGGCCUGCUGAAGAACUGAGAGGAGCAGCGCACACACCAACCUACAGCUCCGGCUCUUUCUGAACAGCCUUUGAACAGAACCAAGUGUUAACACUUAUUAAUUAUCGUGAUUCUUGACCGUUUUCUCUUGUAAGUAGACUUGUGGCUUAAGUCUCCUUUCAUGCGACUAAACGUUUCUGUUCCAGAGACAUUUUGCCUUCCCCGUUUCCUCCAGCAGCUCCCCCACUCCCCUCCUCCUCCUCCUCCUCCUCCUGCCAGCUCUCCUCCUCCUCUCCUCAGCUUUUUGAGUUUCUAUUAUUCGGGUCUAAUUUCUUUCAGCCUACUCGUCACUCCUGAAUCCCCUAACUUAGUAGCAUGUCGUGGUAGUCUACUUGUGUGUGCACGGCUCUUUAGAAAUGAAUUUUCUGUUUGCCAGUCAUCUGUAAAAAAAAAAAAAAAAAGAAAAAUAUGUCUGUCAGUGUUAUAUUUGUCUCCCGAAAAUGAGUUUUAUUCACGUUUUUUUUUCCUUUUAUUUUUGAUAACGUGCUCGCAUGAUAACUGCAGCAUUCCUCAGGAGAUUAUAUCACUGAAAACAAAACGAAUCAAACYACUAAUAGUUAAAAUUAUGAAGGGAAAAAUCUACAAAUAUCUUCUUGUGAUGUAUUAGUUAAUGCUCUGCAAUGUGAAUUAUUGCUGCUAGUAAAUUCAUAGUUUUUUUUUUUAAUUUUAAAAAGAUUUGCAUCAGGCUGCUGCCUCUGAAUUGUCUCAAAACUCAGUAAUUCGAGCAAAUCCCGUUGAAGUCAGCGAGUCGUGACGUUUAGAUCCCACCACUCAGCCUCUGUACAUACACCACCUCCAGCCCACGAUAGUGCCAGUGUCAGUCAAGUCAGUGCAUAUGUGUAAACAUCAAGCAUCUAACUGGGCAAAAACGAGCAAAAAGUCAUGAGUUUUAUAUAUUUGAAGUGGAAAAACAAAAACAAAAAAGGUUUGCUGCACUUUGUUUAAGAGUAAAUAUUUGUCUUAUUGCAUUUUCAUCUUGAAGUUAAAAACAGUGGGUUUGGAUGAAGAUGGUGUUAAAUACAAUCUGCUCUGGGAUCAGUUUGAUGGUUAAAUCCCAUUUAAGACAUUCCUCCUAGCUACUUCAGCUUCCACWAACAAGCUGAGCAGCAGAAACGUGUUACAAAUGUGUGCUAGUGAAGUCCUAACAUGGUGAGAAGAGUGUUUUAGCCUCGAAUGGAGCAGCGAGACCUGAAGGACAGAUUACGAAARGUUCCCCUCGCUGUCUCACGAGUAAAACCUCGAAAACGAAGUGUUGACGGUUCGGCAGCACCGCAUGUUACUACUUCUUUUUUUCUGUUACUGAAUCGCAACCUUGUCUAACUCUAACUCCUUUUUUGUUAUUAAUAUUCUGUUACAUUUUCUCUUGCUUUUAAUUAUUCCAGUGUUUUUUUUUAAUUCUCAUUUUAUGAAGUGUAACAGAGGGCAUUUAUUUCUUGAUUUGUAACCAGCAUCUCUUGGUGUUUCACCUUAUUUUGCACAAUAAUUCAUAUCUAUAGCAAGUCUUACGGCAGAUCACGCAGAAUGAUGUCCAAGCUUCAGGAACAAAGAUGAACGCACAUGUCGAGGCUACACUGGACAGAUAAGCAGGUUUAGUUUUUUUUUUGUGUGUGUGUUUUCCAGAAGYUUUAGUAGAGAGAAUAAAAGGGACGAUGAAGUGAGAGGUUUUUAUUUUGUGGAAAUGUUUGCUCUGCACAUCAUGCUGAUGCUGCUCCAUUUGGCUGCUUCCUCUGUCGCGACGUGUUUUUUUGUUUUGGAGCACAGGUGGGCAUUUGUUCAACUCUGGCCGACCAACCAGCAGUUUGCUCACUGUGUCAUCAGAACAGAGACGCUCGAAUUGGUUUUGUUUGUAAGAAAUAUUUCUAACAUGAGAACAGAAAAAAUUCGACCCAGAAACUGUCCUCAGGUCAGCCAGCCUGCUGGUCAGAAACAUCUUUCUMAGAAAAUUCACACACAUCUAUGCAUUUAUCAAGAGUUAAAAGGGACCUCUGUGAACCUCAAUAAGAAGAGAUAUUUCCAUCGGCACGUCACAGCAAACAUUUUCACACCCGUGGCUAAUUUGCAGAGUUCUAUUAUUUUCUGUUGUGUAUUUAUUGUUUGCACUGUAUAUAUUAGUUUGCAGCUCUUUGCACAUACUAAUAAAAAGUUCAACUAACUGAUCAAAUGAAGUCUCUGCCGUUUAGUUGUUCUGCUCAUAAUGAACCAAAUGAAGGGUUUGACGGCCGCUUCUGGCUUGAACUGAGAGAGAUGAAUGUACGAUUUUAAGAUGUUUUUUGUUUUUUCCCCACCAUUGUUGGAUUUAAAAUGGAAAAGAGAUCUAAGAUGUAACCUGCUGCACCUUUUCAGAUGGAGCUGAGUUACAUUAGUGCUUCCUCUUUAUCAGAAAGUAAUUUAAAAAUCUGCCUUUUUUUUUUUUUUCUUCUCGUGUGGGCCGGGCUUUUGACUGUAUCACAAAAAGUUGUUUUUUAUCAGUUUAUUUCUUCUAAUAUCAGGGACAAUAACAUAAAGUAGCUAUUAGACAUAAAGAUAUCACUUCUUUAUUGUGUUGGUGUUUUUUUCUCACUUCAACACUUUAUUUCUUUUUCAUUGAUGCCUUUUAAAUAAAACUAGUCAUGAUAUUUCCCAUUUUUCCCCUUCUAAGAAUAAAUAUCAGCCACCACUUUCCACCCUUCGGAUUUGUUCAUUGAAAGAAUAAAGGACAACAUUAACGCUGUACAUUAUUUGCCAGCCUGGUUUCACUUUCAUACUUACUGUGUAAAUAUCUGUGUUGUAUGGAGCUUCGACUAAAAUGUAAAUAUGUUUACUGUAUUUGUAAUAAUUAUAAUCCAUUCGCUGUAUAGCGUAGAUGUGUCAUGCAGAUAUCCUAAUUCUGUGUAUGGUAAUCUUGCACCACUGAAACUGUUUAGUGAAUGAGGCAACAAUAAAAGUGCAAACUGUGCAUUAGCAGAACAA